AUGGCGGAUGAGAGCGGAUACAAGAAAGGAUUGUGGAUGGAGGAAGAAGAUGAACUUCUCAAACAAUACGUUGCAAAAUAUGGGAAAGGAAAGUGGAAUCGCAUAGCAAAAACUACAGAUCUAAAAAGAUGCGGAAAAAGCUGUAGACUUAGGUGGCUGAAUUAUCUCAAUCCAAAUGUAAAACGAGAGGCUUUUGAAGAUGACGAAGAUGACCUCAUAAUUCGCCUACACAAACUACUUGGGAAUAGAUGGUCUUUAAUAGCGGGAAGAAUACCUGGUCGCACCGACAAUCAAAUUAAAAAUCGUUGGAACACUUUCCUAAGUAAGAAGGUUGGAACGAUAAAUAAAUAUAGAAAAAGAGUUAAGACCUCUCGUCAAACAAUAAAUGAUAUCUCCACCAAGGAUGAAAGAGGUGACCAUUAUGUACCUUUGAAGGAUAAUCAUCCUAACCAACCAUUGUCUCUUGAAACCGUUCAAAUCAUCGAACCAAAUGAGCCGAACAAUAUUAAUGAUGAUAGACAAAACCUCAACAAUGGUCUUUUAUUUCUAGAAGCAGAUCUCGGGUUGAACGGUAAUAAUUAUUCCGAGAACACGUCGUGGUUUCUCACCGAUGAUGAAUUUGAUUUCAUCAAAACUAGCUUCAUGGGACUCUUGGACGACCAAUUACCUCUUAACAUGUCUAUUGGGGACACUUUCGAUGAGAUAGUUGGACAUGGAAAUGAAAGUGUUGCACCUACCGACAUGAUUCAUUCCAAGUAA